UUCUACUUUGUUAUCUAGCUGAUGUGUUUGUUGCUUGUUCUACUAUUAAUACAGGUGCGAGUUGUUUCCCCAGAUAAAGAUUUUUUCCAGAUUCUGUCUCCUUCAUUACGCCUUCUACGAAUAGCUCCUCGUGGAUUUGAGAUGGUCUCAUUUGGAAUGGAGGAUUUUGCUGGAAAAUAUGGAGGGCUAAAACCGUCUCAAUUUGUUGAUUUGAUCUCACUUACGGGUGAUAAAUCUGAUAACAUACCAGGUGUUCAUGGGAUUGGAGAUGUACAUGCAAUUCAGCUUAUUAUGAAAUUUGGAACACUAGAAAACUUAUUGGAACGUGUUGAACAAGUUGAGGAGGAGCGAAUUAGAAAGGUAUUGCUAUCCAAUGCAGAGCUGGCUAGACUAAGCAAGGAUCUAGCAAUAUUACGAUGUGAUCUGCCAUCCUACAUGGUUCCUUUUGCCCCCGAUGACUUGAUAUUUGAGAAACCAGAGGAUGGCGGGGAGAAAUUUACUAGCCUCUUAACGGCUAUUAGUGCUUAUGCUGAAGGAUUUUCCGCGGAUACCAUAAUUAGAAGAGCUUUGUAUUUGUGGAAGAAGCUUGAGAAGCAAAAUACAUAUACCGUGCACCGGAAACUUCUAUAUCGGAGACUGAUGUCCUGAAAACCGAUGGUGAUACAAUUCCUAGUUCUUCUGUUCAUAGCUUUUUUUUAGAUUAUAGAUUAUCAUUGAAAACAAAAAUGAACUAUGUAGGGUAUACUGGUCAGAGCACCUCCUUGUAAAAUAUACCAGUGAGCAUUCUGCAUUAGUAAUUGGUCUUUUACUGUAACGUGCUUUCAUAUUGCUGAAACAUGAUAUGCAGUAGCAUUACUGGAAUUGGGAAUUAAUAAGAGACAUCCAAAAAUUGGAUUUCCUUUGUGCCA